AUGGAAUUUUUUACGGAUAUCCCCUCCUGUCUGUCAAAAUUGGAGUUCAACUUCACUCCAGGAUGGCAGACGGUCGGCGCAUCUGUGCUUCUUGCGGCCGGAAGCUGGUUUAUCCUGUCCAGGGUUUGGACCUUUACUAGAGUCCUCUUGAGCUUGUUCAUUCUUCCCGGAAAGUCGCUCCGCUCUUUCGGCCCCAAGGGUAGCUGGGCUGUGAUCACCGGUGCCUCGGAUGGCCUGGGCAAGGAAUUCGCGCUUCAGAUCGCCCGCGCUGGUUACAACGUCGUGCUCGUUUCUCGGACGGCUUCGAAACUGACUGCCCUCACCGAUGAAAUCACCUCCCAGUACCCGUCCGUGCAGACUCGGAUGCUGGCGAUGGAUUACGCCCGCAACGAGGAUCACGACUUCGAGAAGCUCAAGGCGCUGGUGGACGAGCUGGACGUCGCUAUCCUGGUCAACAACGUUGGAAAGAGCCACAGCAUCCCUACCCCCUUCGCCCAGACUCCCGCGGACGAGAUGGCUGACAUCAUCACCAUCAACUGCAUGGGGACACUCCGGACCACGCAGAUCAUCGUCCCUGGCAUGAUCCAGCGCAAGCGAGGCCUGAUCCUCACGAUGGGCUCCUUCGGCGGUCUUACUCCCACCCCUCUCCUCGCCACCUACUCCGGCAGCAAGGCGUUCCUCCAACAGUGGUCGAGCUCCCUGGGCUCGGAGCUGCAGCGAUACGGAAUUACCGUCGAGCUGGUGCAGGCCUAUCUCAUCACGUCUGCCAUGUCCAAGGUUCGCAAGACCAGCGCUUUGAUCCCCAACCCCCGGUCGUUCGUCCAGGCCACGCUCUCGAAGAUUGGCAGCAACGGCGGUUCUCCCACCUACGCGUACAGCUCCUCUCCUUACUGGAGCCACGGACUGAUGGCGUACUUUAUUACCUGUGUGGUUGGGCCGAUGAGCCAAUUCUUCAUUGGGCAGAACGGCUCCAUGCACGAGUCCAUCCGGAAGCGUGCGCUGCGUAAGGCCGAGCGCGAGAACGCAAAGAAGAGCACCUAA